UUGAGGGAGUAUUAGUGGAGAUCGAAGGCUUAGAGGAAAGCCCCGCCCACAACCCCAUUGCCGUAAAUGCAGUGGAUAUGGCCUCUGGAAGCUAUUUGAAGGAACUUAUGGACAUUUUGAUGAGGAUUUAAUUGACUGGUUGGGAAGGUAAUACCCAAUGUUCUCCGAAACACCUUCGUCUCAGCUGGUUCCGUCCAGCUCUCCUGAAUCUCCUACGUCUCCUGAGUCUCUGCUGGUUCCACCCAGCUCAUGUUCUCCUGUGUUCCCUCCCAGCCUCCCUCUCCCGCCUCCUCUCCUAGAACCAGCCAGUUCCUCAGCCAUGCCUUCACUGGUUCCUGUCAGUCCCUCAGCUCAUCCUCAUUCCGCUCCAUCCUGUCGUCCGGAUCCGCCUCAGGCCUUCCAGUCUCCAGCUCUGCCUAGGCGUGAGGAUCCCCUGUCCAGCCUUUUAGUCCCAAACUCCUCCUCGGCCCUCCAACCCAUUGGCUCUGCCUUGGCUCCUUGCUCCCUAGUCUCCACCGUGGCCCAUGAUCCCACUGGCUCCACUGGGCUCCCUCAUCCAUCCGGCUCCGCCUUGGUCAGUAAUCGACCCUCCUUUGCCACGGGAUUCCAUUCCUCCGGCUUCGCCUCGUCUCUCCAUCCCUCAGGCUCUGUCUGGCUCCUACUUCCCUCUGGCUCCACCUUUGUCCUCAGUCACUCUGGCUCCACCGUGGUCUUCUGGGUUCCCGCCUCCACCUCAGUUGCAUGAUCCAUCAGCUCCACCUUGGCCCUCCAGACCUCUGGUGUCACCCUGGCUCUCCGUCUACUCAGCUCCACCUGGGUCUCCACCUUCAGCGGCUCCAUCUCCAUCGCUCAUCCCCAGGGUGUCGUCUGCCAAGUCAACACCUCCCUCGUCCUGACUGGUCUCUGGACCAACAUCAGGAUCCUCCUGCUCCUUGCUCCUCCCUGGCUCCUCCCACCGUCUUCUCCUCCCUGGCCCCUAGAACUGUCACUCCUUCUUUUUGCCUACCCUUCAUCUAAACCUUGUCAACCUCCAGAGCCCCCACCUUCCCUCCACAGUUGGACUGCUCCGGGGUGGGGAGUACUGUAACAUGUAUAUUCUGUUCUGUUUUGGUUUAGUUUCUCUGUGUUCCUGUUUGCCUGAGUUUCCUCGUUUGUUUCCAUUGGUUUUGAUGAAUUAGCUCCUCACCUGUUUCUGUUUUUACUGAUUACUCCAUGUAUUUAAGCCCUUAGUUUCCCCCUAGUUCUUUGUCUGGUAUUAUGUUUGUAUUGAUGUUGAUUUUUACCCUGUGUUUUCUCCCUGGAUUUAUUAAAGUACUCUUUGGAUUAUAUUCCUUCGUUGUGCACUGUAUAUUACUCCAGCAUCGCAUAACAGGUGUCAGAUAAGUUAAUAUAAUUACAUUUGAUGUUAAUGCUGCACUAAACCCAUCCUGUGAAAAC